AUGGCGAUCCAGCAAUCAGCAAGACUCAAUAUAUCCAACCUUGGUGAACGGUUCUGGAACACCAUUCGAGAGAAUUGGUAUCUGGGUUUCACUUCUUUUGGAGGCCCGCCGGUCCACUUCAAGAUCUUUCAUGACAAAUUUGUCGCUAAGCUUUCAUGGAUCGAUGAGCAAAUGUACCAAGAGCUGUUCAGUGUCUGCCAAGCAUUCUCAGGCCCUGGCAGUACUAAGAUGCAUUACUGCAUCAACCUUCUCCACGAUGGCUUCCUUCCUGCUCUCUUCGGUUUCCUCCUCUGGAGUCUCCCCGGGGCUCUAGGGAUGUAUGGACUUUCCAUUGGAGUCUCUAACAUUAGAGAAUCCCUUCCUCGAGCCGUCUAUGCUCUCCUUUCUGGUCUCAACGCUGCUACCGUCGGCAUUAUCGUUCUCGCGGCCGUCCAGUUAUCUGAGAAGGCCAUCACUGACAAGAUGACCCGCAUUCUAGUUUUUCUCGGGGCCUCAGCCGGCAUGAUGUACAAUGCGCUCUGGUAUUUCCCGUUGUUGAUGUUUCUGGCUGGCGUCGCGACGGUUGUUCAUGACUUUCGCUGGCUCCACCGCCCUAUCAAAGUCAUCACUGCAAGCUUCCAGAAGAAGGCCAAGCACUCUCAAAAUACAUCAGAAGAAGGUGUCGAGAUGCAAAUCCAACGGCAAGCCACCGCAAGCAAUGGCCACAAGGAAUUCAACGCAGGUGCUGGGCCGUCCAGCCAGGGCAAAGACGGCAAUCGGUCGGGUCGGAUCGAUGAAAAUGGCACUCUCCCACUUACUGAACGGGAAGCAUCGGCGGUCGAAGAUCAGUCUCGGAUAGUCCCUCAGGAGCGACGCCUCAACAUCAGCUGGAAGUUCGGGGUACUUCUUAUAGUCCUCUUCCUGCUCUCUUUUAUCGUCGUCAUGGUUCUACGCGGUACGCUGCCCCAUAAAUCACGUCUAUACAGUCUCUUCGCCAAUAUGUACCUCGCUGGUACUAUCAUUUUUGGCGGUGGGCCCGUCGUGAUCCCGCUUCUGCGGGAAUAUGUUGUCGCCGAGAACUGGGUUAGCCCUCGCGAUUUCCUUAUUGGACUCGCCCUCAUCCAAGCCUUCCCAGGACCCAACUUUAACUUCGCGGUUUAUCUUGGCAGCCUGACUGCCAUCAAUGGUGGAUAUAAUUCCGCUGCCGGUGCAAUCCUCGGAUUUCUAGGUAUCUUCAUUCCCGGACUGCUCACGGUGCACGGGACUAUGGGUGUCUGGAGUGCGAUACGAGGGUGGAGAUGGGUCAAGUCAUCUCUCCGAGGAGUCAAUGCGGCUGCCGUUGGCCUUAUCUACACUGCCGUAUAUCGUCUUUGGCAGAUCGGCCAUAUCGAUGAAGGUUUCCAGCAGGGUACCAGCCUGGCUGUGGAUCCUUGGUGGGUCGUUGUGACGGCCACAAGCUAUGUGGGCGGCUAUUGGUUUGGGGUGAGCCCGCCCGUUGCAAUUGGUACGGGAGCCAUCAUGGGUCUGAUUUGGUAUGGUAUUGUCUCAGACUAAUGGGCCAUUUGCUUCUAUGUUAUGGCAAUAUUCUAUUGGCAAUAAG